AUUUGAAGUUUGUCGGACGGAGGAGAAACAGAACGUCGGCCUGAAGCUGAGACGGCACGCGCCGGAAUAACAGUCUCGUGGCGUCGCCGUUGAGGCGCCACCGUCUUUGAAAUCGUGUAUGGGCGUCGGUAUAGUGGAAGGACGCCGGUGGCGAUUGGUCGACGAAGAGACGGUGGAUUGGAUGAAAAUGGAGAAUGGGCAAGGCAAGGUUGUCAGGCUGGUCGUUGCGCCGAGUCCGUAGCAGCCACACCCACCGAGUGCCUGUGGUGGCCCGUCCCCGUUGGGACCCGCUGGCACGCCGCUCGAGCCGGCCCUGACACAUUCGACAAGCGGCGCCGUAACGGGAAGCAACGCGCGGCUGGGGACCUCGAAGGACCUCUCUUCUGGUCACGGGACACCCUACCAGGACACUUUCGUGUCGACGAUAUACGCACCGCGCUAUCGUCGCGCGUCGCCCUCAGCUACUCAGAUUACCAGCCCGCUGCUCCACUCGACGCCUCGUAUCGAGCCUCGAUCGCAUCAUCCCAGGUGGAUCGUUCCCUGGAUCUCGAAGGAGCCGCGCGCCAAGGGUACACUCGCUUGGGGACCUCGACCCGCCGACAAGAUCCCCGCCGAUCUUUAUCGACUCUUUUUCUUUUUUUUUUUUUCUUCUCGUUUACCAACGCGUGCACCGAGUGACUAUGGAGAGUGAGGAAGUUUAGUGAGAAGCGUCGAAAACCAGCGAAAACUGAGACUUGUUGUGACACUGUUGCACAUUGAGAAGAGACGUCACUGCGAAGUGAGAAAGCGAGUAAGUGGUGUGUGAUACUGAUAUCGUAGAGAGGGGAGAAGGCCGACAGUAAAAAAGAGAAAAGAAAAGAAAAGGAAAGAAAAGAACAGAAAGAAAGAAAACUUUGAUUCUGAUGAUCUAGAAUCGAAGAGAGAGAGAGAGAGAGAGAGAGAGACACGCGUGUGCGCCGACACGCUGGCGAUCGGCCAGCGAUCGAAUCCGAUGGUGCGGACAAAUUGACGCUGAUGAGCAACCGGCGAGGAGGAAUCGAGGUCAGAGGACUCGAUUGAUGGUCUCCCGUGAAGAAACGUGGCGGUGGAGAGGAGCGUUCUGACCGAGAGGUUACGGUCUCUCUCGAUCAGCCGCGAAGAAGGUUCUCGCGAAGGGUGGCAACGAGAAGGAGAAAGCCUGUUGCCCCAGGAGAGUCCGUACGGCCUCACGACGCGGUCCGACGAGUGGAGCGGUCUCCUGCCCAGCUCCACGAUCGUGGGUGCUGGGGGGUCGCCAUGGCUCGGACUGGGCGCAGGGGGUGGCACGGGGGCCACCACCGGCGGCGGGAGCCCCGUCGAACUCGAAGGCCACUGGGGACGUAAGCUGUACGGGGCGAGUGUAGCUCCACCACCGCCGCCGCCUCAUCACCACCCGCGGGCGCCUCUCGUUUUCGCGCCUCAGGACAUGAGGCAAAUACUCAAGGAGGAACCCGUGCCACGUGCCUGGCCACAGCCCGCGCUUGCCGACAACGGAACGGUUGGCGUGGGCAGAGCGCACUUUGAGAAGCAACCGCCGAGCAACUUGAGGAAGAGCAACUUCUUUCAUUUCGUGAUCGCUCUGUACGAUCGACACGGCCAGCCGAUCGAGAUAGAGAGGACGUCCUUCAUGGGUUUCGUCGAGAAAGACCAGGAGUCUGAAGGCCAGAAGACAAACAAUGGCAUUCAGUAUAGCCUGCAUCUGCUGUAUUCCAACGGUGUCAGGCAGGUGCAGGACAUCUACGUGAGGCUCAUCGACUCUGCAACGAAACAGGCCAUCAUGUACGAGGGUCAAGAUAAAAAUCCCGAAAUGUGCAGGGUCCUUCUCACCCACGAGGUGAUGUGCAGUCGGUGUUGCGACAAAAAGAGCUGCGGAAACAGAAACGAGACGCCGAGCGACCCUGUAAUUAUCGAUCGAUUCUUCCUCAAGUUCUUCCUCAAGUGCAACCAGAACUGCCUUAAGAACGCCGGCAAUCCACGCGAUAUGAGACGCUUCCAAGUGGUCAUUUCCACGCAAGUAGGAGUAGAGGGACCACUGCUGGCCGUCUCGGACAACAUGUUCGUUCACAACAACAGCAAACACGGGCGUAGAACGAAACGAUUGGAUCCCAGUGAUCCCGGAGAGUACAACAGUCUUUACACGCCUGUACCUCUUCAAACGCCGUGUAUAAAAGCGAUAUCGCCGAACGAAGGUUGGACAUCUGGCGGAUCCACGGUAAUAAUCAUUGGAGAGAAUUUCUUCGAUGGACUUCAAGUCGUUUUCGGCUCGAUGCUGGUUUGGAGCGAGCUAAUUACGCCAAACGCAAUUAGAGUACAAACUCCACCACGGCAGAUACCAGGCGUCGUCGAGGUCACGCUGUCCUAUAAAACUAAACAAUUCUGUAAAGGAGCGCCUGGUAGAUUUGUUUAUGUUUCGUUAAACGAACCGACGAUCGACUACGGCUUCCAAAGAUUACAGAAGCUCAUUCCUCGGCAUCCAGGGGAUCCCGAGAAAUUACCAAAAGAGAUCAUACUGAAAAGGGCAGCGGAUCUUGCAGAAGCCUUGUACAGUAUGCCGAGAAGCGGAAACGCCGGAAUCACCGGAGCGCCAAGGAGUCCGGGAUCGGGUCAUCCACCUGCACCACCGACCUCCAGUUCGGCAACAGCGUUCAACUCGUAUACAGGACAACUGGCAGUGACGGUACAAGAAAACGGUAGCGCGACGAAGUGGACAGACGACGGUAGUUCGGUGACGACAGGAGCCGGUGCUGGAGGCGGUGGCGGCGGCGGUGGUAGCGUCGGAGGAAGCGUCGGUGGCAGCGCCGACGCCUACAGGCAGAGCAGCAGCGCGAGUCCACGUGGGGUCGUGACCGGUGGUGGUUAUUGCGGAAGUUCGGCUAGUACACCUCACAGUCACAGCACGAACGGAAGUUACUCGGUAGCCAAUCCGUAUACCGGUAGCCCGACACUUUAUACAUCGCUGGGUAUGUUGCAGGACUAGGAGAGGUUGUUGGUUCACCGUUCAACAUGAAUCCAUUUAUGUUGCCCACCUGCAGUCAAGGAUAUUCAAACGCCGCCAGCCCGUUGCUCUCGUCGAACGGCAAAUAGUGUUACGAGAUGUAAGCUCCGGCGAAAAUAUCGAGGGGCUAUGUGUUCACGGAAGCGAAAUCCACCGAUGCAUCGCAGGAUUUCAGCGAAUUUUCAUAUUCUGAUAAUCAUCGUACUCGCGAUUGACAAUCGCUUUCAUGAAACGGAAUCGGUCCUCUCGACUCACACUUUACUUUCCCCUCCCCUAGUUACCGCGCAAUAGAAGAGGAGAUCGCCGCGGAGAACCGUCUGCGCAGUCAUUUUCGUCGGAGCUGAGCGAUGAAUUUAGUUCCAGCGCGAGAGUAUAUUGAAAAUCAGUGCGAAAAGAAAUUGACGACAACAUUUUAUCUAUCGUUAAUGAUGAUCAAAUAAGUUAAGGAAUGAUACAUAUCGAAGCACGUAGGGGUGUUUUCUUCGUCUAUUGACAUAGUCGUUCGGUUCGGCACUUGUAAUAAUGACACUAAUUCUUUCGUAACUAUUUCCAAACACUCUUCAUUUUUUUUUUUUUUUUUUUUAUAUAAAAUUGCAAUCUGCAUAAAAGUUGAUUUGAAAUUUUUUUGAACGAAAGAAAAACAAAUGCCAAUAAAAUAACGAAGUUGAAUAUAAACGGAAGAUCCGUUUAUCAAUCGAGAUGUUACAAUUUCACGGAACGUGAGAAAGUUAAAUGGCAACUGAACUCAUUGAACUCUUUUCAAUAAGCAACCGAACGAUUAUUCUCUUUUCGUGUCUCCGAUAUCGCUAUUUUGAUUCUAGCUAUGCCGAUACGAAAAGAUCAUUCUCAUCGAUAGAGUCGAGUACCUCCUCUGCCCUGCGUCUCCUCUCGUAUACGAAAUUAUUAGAAAUGUUCUCAAACUUACGACAAACUAUUUUCACGGUGUUUUGUCUUCGACUUUGCAGUACGACGUUUCCGACGACAUGAUCGUCUAGCUGUUCGAAAGUUACGGAAGAGGCAAUAGUAUACGCAGGCGGGGACGUUCACAGGGUGCUGAGCAAUUUUAUAUCAAAGCUAGCAAAGAGGCUAAUGAAAGUCUAGGAAAAGGAAAGAAAAAAAAAAAAAAUAAUAACACCACUAGACGGACAUAUCGCUUAUCAGUGAAUAACAGACAUCAUAGUUUUAGAGAGCAUUUUCGAGUUUGAAAUUUUAUCUUCCUACCCGUACGUUUUAAGAGACUAACCAAUAUCGGCUAGGUAGUGUAACGUUUAACUUGUAAUUUGUAAAUUUCCUUGUAAAUAUUGUUGCGAUGUACAAAAGGAUUAAAAAAAAAAAACAAAACUAUUUCCAGGAAUCCAACGAAACGAUAUUAACAUGAAUAUAGGACGAAAAUUAUUAUAUAUAGAUGUAAAUAAUCGUAGAGCGUCAUAGCUUGAUUCGUAUGAUAAAUACGCUGGCGAUCCAAUCUUUUAACUACGCGAUCGAUUAUGACAAAUACUCGUCGCUGUGUUUGCCAUGAAUAUUUCUACAAUGAAAUACGCUCGCUUGUUUCUUUCAUGUACGAUUUGUUCAUGGAAAAAACGGGCAACGACAAGAAUGCCUGAAUGAAAUAUCAUAUGGAUAUGGACAAAGAUCGUGAAGCAACAUUAAAAAUUGGAUUCGUCCGCAGCAAUUGUAUAAAAAAACGUAUAGUUGAUUUGAAUCGUUCGAUAAGCCCGCCCAAAACAAAUUUCACAGAAAACGAAAUCUCACGAAAGUAUACGAGGCAUGUACCGUUGCAGAAUUGAAAUCUCCAAUUAGUCCAGAUUUUGCAGCAGUUUACGAGCGUAGUUCGUAUAUCAUAUUUUUCUUUCGGAACGAGUGUCGUUAAAAGUUAUUAUUGUAAAAAGUUCCUUUUUGCAUAUCGACUUGACGAGUAGACUUCCAUCAUCGUGGAAGACGCGCUCUUUUACCCGGAGCCGUACUCGCUCUGUGAUCUUGUGAUCUUGAUUAUAAUAAUAAUUAAUUACCACUUUCGUUCGAUCACGCAAUGUCAUCAUCUUUUACAUGGCGCGUCGUUCUUGUACGUGCAUGCGAACGCACAUGAACACAUACACGCGCGUACGAACGCUCGUCUAUGUAUAUUAAAAUAAAUUAAACUUACAUUUUUGAGAAUUAAAA